GUUUUAGAAAUGGAAAUGUUACUGAUACUUUUAAUUGUUAUAGGCAUAAGCCUAAGAAGUUUUAAUUGCUCCGAAUUGCGUCGUGUUGACGAUUCUGACUUGAUUCAUCUUUUAAAUGUCGAACACAACGUUGUGGUUUUAUUUAGCAAAAAUAACUGCGAAGUGUGUUUGGAGUAUGAAACUACUGUAUCCUUAAUACAAAAUGAUUUAAAGGAGACUUUGGGAGCAAUGGUUGUUCAGGCCCAUGAAAGUAAUUUAGUUGGAAUAUACGACCCCACCAAGGAACCGGCUCUUGUAUAUUAUAGGCAUGGAAUUCCGAUUCUUUACCACGGAAACAUUAUUGAAGACCAAAUUGUUGAAUUCUUUAAUGACAAUAAGGAACCAGCAGUUAAAGAGUUAUCUGAUGAAAAUUUUGAGCAUCUUACCCAAGCUUCUUCUGGUGCCACGACGGGAGAUUGGUUUAUUUUUUUCUAUUCCGCUGAUUGUGUUCUCUGCCAACGCUUGUAUGCUAUUUGGGAAUCUGUAGGUGGAAAGCUCAGGCAGAAGUUGAAUAUCGCUCGAAUGAAUAGAUUGGAGACUGGAAUUUCCACAGCAAGAAGACUGGGAAUAUUGGGUUCUCCAGAAUUCAUUUUCAUACGUCAAGGAAAAGUGUAUCGUUAUAUAGCCAAAACGUAUCGUCCAGAAGACUUUAUUAAAUUUGCAGAAUUGAGUUAUUUAGAAAGCCCUUCCGAAAUGGUGCCAGAACCACCUAGUGUGAUAAGCUCACUAUUCUUUGAUCGCCUUCAAAAUGUUGUGAAUGCUGACAACGUUUUUCUCUUGGUGGCUUUUGGAUUGUCUAGCUUUGUUAUCUUAAUAUAUUUAGCAAAACAUAUAUCAAAAAGAAUAAGCCGAGAAACGAUAGAAACAAAUGAUAAAAUAAAAUAAAGAAAAAUCAGUCAAAAUCAAAAAAAGGACCAGCAUGGACGGCCACGGAGAAGUUGUGUGUGGGGACUGGAGCGCACGAGGCGCUGGCCUGACCAUCUUUGCCCUUGAGGAGUCUAUGGAGGGCGCCGUGGCUCCUACGACGCACAACGGGGCAGCCAUUUCAGCUUGCUUCUGAUCUUUUUUUAUCGAUAAGGUACUUUAAAUGGGGUUUUUUACU